AUGGCUCACCACGGUGGCGGCGGACAUCCCCAGCAGCAUGGUGGCUAUGGCCUGCUGAACACCGGAAGUGACGGAACACGACAGUCUUUUUGCACCGGGUCCGGUAGCGUCAUGAUGUCAGGCUUCCAGCUUGGCUUCGGUUCCAACGAGCCCUGCAUCCUCUUUCUGUUUCCGGGAUGGGUCAUGAAUAAUCCUUGGAAGUACUCGGCUGGAUGUGUCGGUGCCUUUCUGAUUCCAGUUGCGAUUGUGGCGUUGCAGUCCGCUCGUGAUCUCGUGGUGGAGAAAGCAGCUGCGAAAGGUCGGACCAGUGACAGUGAUACUCUCUGCGAGUUCUUGGCUGCCGUCCUUUUCGGGUUGCAAAUGUUCCUGGCAUAUACUGUGAUGCUGCUGACUAUGACAUACGAGGCAAUCAUUUUCUGCUGCAUUGUGAGUGGCUUUGGAGCCGCCUUCUUCGCACAGCGUCGGGCGAAGCGCCAUGAGUCUAAGACCUUGGACAAGUCGAGUAUAGUGGACACACAGUGCUGCUCUUCCACAGAAGAUGCCAAGGCACGCGAAAAGAGGACUGCAGCGCCUGUACAGCACAUGUUCGAUGGUUUAAACAACGGCACAUGUCACUCCCCACCUGUACAAUCAGGACGGACAGCAGCCCGUUGCCCCUGUUUCGUGGUCUAA